AUGUUUAAGUUAUCUUUUAUUAUUCAAUAUUUUCGUGGCCACCAAACACACUGCUCUGCAUGCUCCCUGCAGCAACUAUUUUUUAUAAUUAUUCCAAUGGGUCACGUACUUGCAACUUAUCGAGAUCCAAAGUCCAUGCCUGAUAUUUUUACGGGGCCAGUCUUUGACCCACUUGAUGGGUUUCCUGAAGGUCGUAAGCAAAGAGAGUUUAUACUAACGGAGGAGGAAAUGAUGGCUGCAGGAUUGAAGCCUCGCCAGCGGGAUUACUGUGCUCACAUUUUAAUUGCUUUGAAUAAGUGUAGAAGGGAACACACAAUACCACGUUUAUACUGUUCUGACCUUCACCAUCAGUAUUCACAGUGUCAAAGAGAGGACCAGCUGCUUCGACGGAAGGAAUAUGAACGCGAGCGUCGCCAGUUACAAAGGCAUGGACGACAACCAAAUUCGGAUGCUGAAGAGUUGUAG